CUGAGACGCUGCGCUUGUCGCACAGCACCUGCCGAUCGGACCUCGGGGUCCUGGAUGCAGGACUGUCUGUUACGUACAGCCUUUGUGGCCGUCACGGGCGGACACCGGCCAACGCCGGGUCGGGGUGCGUCCGCCGCGGUCCCUCCAUCACCUUCCUGGCCGGGCAGAGGAACCCACUGCUCCGGGCCGUCGGGGCCAGAGGCGGCUCAGCAGCGCCCCCUCGAGGCCAGAGCCCUCCGCAGGCUAGCGGGUUGCGGUUUCCCUUCAUCUCCGCGGCGCCUCUUCCUCCCACGCAGUGCCGCCCACCGGGGACGCUCUCCCGCGCCUGCGCCAAUUCCGCCCUGCCCCGCCCCCAUCUACCGACCGGAUGUUAACAGAUUUCCCAUAGUGCCUCACUAGUGGCGGGCAUGAUAACAAACACCGGAGGGUCGCACGCGGGUUCCAGUUGUGAUUGCUGGGGUUUUUCUGCAGUGUCAGGAGGUUCUCCGAUAUUGGGGCCGGGUCACUGCCUCAUCCGCUGGAGCGAUGGCGUUUCUCCGGAGCAUGUGGGGCGUGCUGAAUGCGCUGGGAAGGUCCGGAGCGGAGCUGUGCAGCGGCUGUGGGAGUCGACUGCGCUCCCCUUUCAGUUUUGUGUAUUUACCGAAGUGGUUUUCAUCUGUCUUGGCAAGUUGUCCAAAGAAACCUGUAAGUUCUUACCUUCGAUUUUCUAAAGAACAACUACCCAUAUUUAGAGCUCAGAACCCAGAUGCAAAAACUACAGAACUAGUUAGAAGAAUUGCCAAGCAUUGGAGGGAACUUCCUGAUUCAGAGAAAAAAGUAUAUCGAGAUGCUUAUAAGGCGGCCUGGCUGAUAUACAAAGAAGAGAUAAGCAAAUUUAAAGAACAGCUAACUCCAAGUCAGAUUACAUCUUUGGAAAAAGAAAUCCUGGACAAGCGUUUAAAAAGGAAAGCUGUGACAAAAAGAAAAGAGUUAAUACAGCUUGGAAAACCAAAAAGACCUCGUUCAGCUUAUAACGUUUAUGUAGCUGAAAGAUUCCAAGAAGCUAAGGGUGAUUCACCGCAGGAAAAGCUGAAGACUGUAAAGGAAAACUGGAAAAAUCUGUCUGAUUCUGAAAAGGAAUUCUAUAUUCAGCAUGCUAAAGAGGACGAAAUUCGUUAUCAUAAUGAAAUGAAGUCUUGGGAAGAACACAUGCUUAAACUUGGACGAAAGGAUCUUCUACGUCGCACAAUAAAGCAAAGACAAAAAUAUGGUGCUGAGGAGUAUAACAAGUAGAAGAUUGAGAUGUGUUCACAAUGGAUAGGCACAGGAAACCAGUUAGGUCUCAAUGCCUGAAGCUAUUGUAAAAUUAGAAAGGAUAAAGUUGGUAAACCUUUUAUAUUCAGUGUCUUUUUCUUCAGCUCAUGGACUUCUGCCAGUGUAAUACUGCUUUGGAAAACCCAGGUAAAGGUUCAUGCAAAAUUUGUUUUGUGUUUAGGAACUACUGAGAAUCAGAGUAAUCCAUGCAAAUGUGAAUCAUUUUACUUUUGACAAAGGUAAAUCAGACUAUAAAGUUUUUUUUUUAUACAGGAUGAUGACUAUGGAAAGAGUAUUCUUGUUUCCUUAUAUUAUGGAGGCAAGAGUUUCCUUUUCAAAAUUGUUACAAAUUGUAGAAAACACAACGUUCUGUGAUAUAAUUGUGCAUUUUUCAAAAAGCAGGCAAAACUCAUCUUGGUAAAUGACAGUUCCUAGGUAUAAUUCAUAUUAUAUUCAGAGUUGAUGGUUGUACACCUAAGUGAUUGCUGGUUUCAGUCGCAACUUUGUAUAAAAGGGACUGAGAAAUUUAUAAACCUUUUUCUUAACUGUCUUUUUUCUAAAGUAAAAACUAAGAAAUUAUGUACCAGAUUUAUGCAUAUUAUUUUGUUGCAUAGAAUAAAAUUUUUAAUCUUUAAUUUUACAUUUCCUAAAUAUAUUUUAAGACGAAACAUUUGUUUUACAGCUUUUUCCUUUUUUUAAGUAAGGAAUUUUAUUUUUUUCUGAAUUAUUUUCUCUCAUGUGAGUAUAUUGAUCCAGAAAGAAAACUUGUAUUAUAUAUGUUUUAAAAUGAGAAAUCUAAAAAACGAAAAGUCUCCAAAGUCUCUGGAAUUUGAAACACUUUGCAUAAUGUAUAAAAGCCUGUUUAAGAGACAGCCAACUAUGGCCUGUGGGUCAAAUCCAGCCUGCUGCCUGCUUUGUAUGACCUGUGAGCUAGGAAUUGUGUUUAUAAUUUUAAAUGUUUUUUUAAAAGACUUUUAUGAUACAUGAAAAUUAACAUGAAUCUUUAGUGUUCAUAAAUAAAGUUUAUUGUAACACAAGAUCAUUCUUUUACUUGUCUAUGGCUGCUUCUCUGUUACAGUGGCAGAGUAGCUGCCACAGAAACUAUAGCCCAUAAAGCUUGAUAUUUACCAUCUGUCCAUUUAUGGAAAAAAUUUACCAACCCAUGGUCUAUAGUAUAGUGUGAUAUGACCGCUUUUCCACUGUACUGAAGUGUUGGGAUAGUUUUUUCAACUGUUUUCAGAUGUUCUUGUUUUAGAAUCAUUGUCACCUUUAAGAGGAAAAAGGUCAUCACUAGAUAAGCUAAACAAAUUGUUGCUUCUUGGUGUUAGCAAGGAAAAUAAUCUAGUUUCAAAUUACAUUGCAGUAUAAUGAAAAAGAUCCAUAUACUGUGGAAUGAUAUUCUUUUAAAAUUAUUUAUGGCUUAGUAAAAAUGUACCUUUUCCAGUUAGCACAUAUCACAAAAAUCUCACUGUAGUUGAAACCGAUCCUUCUUUAGCAUUUGUUUAUCCUUUUAGGAAAGUCAAGCAAAGGUUUUCACUGCCUGUUUGAGCAGAAUAAUUCUCAUCAGUUCACAAGUGUAGGAUAACUCAAUUUACAUGCCCUUUAUAUGUUAUGCAAAAUAUUUAGAAAUUGUAGAUUCUAGAUCUCCAGAAAGACUUUUGAAGACUUUGAUGUCACAAAAAGAUGACUUGUUAUAUGCUGAGCUUGACAAAGUUAGGAACGGAAGAGAAAAUAGCUUACGAGGAAAGAUGAGGCUUUAAAUAUAUAAAGUUGGAUAUUUUAAAAUAACUUUUCCCUGUGAGUGCUUCUCACUCUCGGUGCAGACAGGACAGUGUCAGCCAUUGGUGAAAUAGAUAGGAUAGGUUUGAGGCCAGAGCAGUCUGGGAGUAGGGGGAAAGAGAAGGAGGUGUGCUAGUGUCUAUCACAGGCUUUCUCAAUUUGGUUUUCAGGAGAAAAUUCAGCCCUAAGUCCCUGUGUCAUCUAGAAUGGUACUAAUUAUGUACAGUCUUUAGGAGAAUGGAGAAAAUCGUAACUCAAAUCAUCGACUCAAUUCCGUUCUCUUCAGAUGAGCUCAGAGAGCACAUAGGAGUGUUUGUAAUGAGUAGUAUGUAAUGAUUGAGAUAGAGGAAUGAGUUACAUAAACAUCUCAGGACAAAUGCAGCAUGAAAAACAUCUUUGUAGUUACCCUGCAGGGAAAUUUCCUCUGAGUUCUUUUAACAUGAACUACUCGUAUUAUUUUAUACUUAACAUUCAUAUCAUAACUUCCCAAUAUAUUCGGUGUUAAGUAUGUUUCUCAGGUACUUACACAACUUAAUGUAGGGGGGAAAGGUGUAAACAGUGAAAAAAGAGCAAAACUAUUUUAUGGUAAUUUUAUGGUAAUAUCAAAUUGUAUUUGGUUCUCUGUUUCUAAAAUAAUGUAAUUUUAAAUAUUUUAAAUAAUAGGAUAACCUGGUUUCCAAGCCUUUUUUUCCCCCCGACAUCCAGAAUACAUACUGGAUCCAAGCCUUUCUUAAACUUCAGUACACGUGGAAGACUGGCAUGGCACAUACCAAAUACCAUUCAGCUGUAACAGUAUACACAGAUUUUCUCUUAUAAAGAAUAAGAACAUCAUAACCAAUGACCAUUCAUGUAAAGUCUUAUUAUUGUAUGUGUGUAUGUGUUAGAGUCUCACUAUGUUGCUCAGGCUGGAGGGCAUGGUGUGAUCUUGGCUCACUGCAGCCUUGACCUCUUGGGCUCAAGUGAUCCUUCCAAGUAGUUGGGACUACAGUAGUUGCACACCACCAUGCCUGGCUAAUUUUUGUAUUUUUUUGUCCAGAUGAGAUCUUGCUGUGUUGCCCAGGCUGGUCUCAAACUCCUGGCAUCAAGCGAUUCUCCUUCCUUGGCCUCCUAAAGUGCUGAGAUUAUAGGCGUGAGCCACCAUGCUUGGUCAUAAAGCCUUACUAUAUUUUUUGGAGACACAGUCUUGUUCUGUCCAAGCUGGAAUGCAGUGACGUGAUCAUGGCUCACUGUAGCCUUGAACUCCCAGGCUCAAGGGAUCCUCCCAUCUCAGCCUCCUGAGUAGCUGGGAUUAUAGGUGCAAACCAUCACAGCUUACUAUUAGUUUUUAGACUUUUCUUAAUUUGAUCCAACAAAGUAGUUGCUGUAGGACCUGAGUGUUAGAAGGAAAGAUGCUGAAGAAAUGAAAUCAAGCAGGGUGUAUACUGUUGUGAAUAGUCAUACAGUAGUUUUUAUACUUUUGUUCUUUGGAAUACCAAUAUUAGGUUUUAUGAAAGUAAUUUGAUGAGGGAAGAGAGGGUUGUGUAUUUAUUUUACUUUCUGAUGUUUGCUUAAAUAAUACUGUGUACAUAUUCAGCUUGCUAUAAUUCUGUAAUCAUGCUAUUGUAUUUGGCUAACUCCUUUUUUGGAAAUGUCUCUUUUUUUGGACAAGGCAUAUGUUAGUUUUUACUAAUUGCUCUGAAUGUGUAUAUUUAGAUUUCUGAAUUGAAAAAAAAAGUAGCAUACAAUAAGUAGACUUAAAGUAAUUAGAACACUUUAUUGAUUUUUCUGAUGUUUUCUGUACCUAAAAUUUAUCACCACCAGGUUGUGCUAAAACAGCAAGAAGUUUUUAUAUUGCGAGUGACAGUACCCAUUAUUUCUCUUAAUUUUACUAACAUUUACUAUAAGAAUAUUCUCUCCCUCUUUUCUCCACUCACAGCCACUCUCCUUCCUCUUAAUCACAUCAAGCUAUCACAGACAAAUCUGAAAAUGUUACAAGCACAGCCUAUGUUGUAUGUUUUGAAAUUUUAAAACAGUAAUGUUCUUUUUAAAAUUGAACUUCUGCAAAGAAUAAGAAAAUGAAUACAUUUAUUACUUUAAAUUUGUAAAGCUUUCCAAAGUAAAACCAUACAAAGCUAGUGUCAGUCUUUCUCAUCAUUCACAAACAAAGAACUUUUGUUAAUUGAUUAAGUCACUUAUUAUAUUUGAUAUGAAAUACAUAAAACAUACAACCAUUCUCUUAAUACAUUUCAGAAUGUUUCACUGGUUAAGGAGCCAGUAAAUAAAGUUGACUCUAAACAAGAAUUUUAAAUAAACUGAACAUUUUUU